AUGGUCGAGGACAUGGCUCAGGCCUCGCAUCUGCAGAUCCAGGCGAGCUUGGAGAAGAAGAUUGUGGCGCUGGAGGCAAAGGUUGCGGCUUACGAGUGGGCGCUCUCGAAACUCCAGCCAGAGCCUGUUGUUGCACAAGCACAAGAGAGUGCCUCAGACGAUGGCGAGGCCGAGGCGCAAGAGCCUGCUGACGACACCGCCGGACCACCGCCUACCAGGGAGGCCGACGCCGGACCCAAGUCUCGGGCGAAGAUAUUGGUGAGUGUGAUCGACCUGAGGACUCGCGAGCGCAAACAAAUCCGGGCCGAGGAGCAGCCCAACGAGGGCGGGACGGCAGACACGCCUUAUGCCCACUAUCCGUUCCACAUCUUCCGCGGCGCCCCCACCACGCUUUACUCGCCGUAUGAAGCCUUGGUCCUCAACUGGGAGAAACUGGAAGAAGCCGUCAAGGUGACGACGGCAACGGACAAUGCGACCGACAAGCAAGCUCGGUCGGACCUGAAAUUGCUCCUCGACACCAUCUCCAGUUCUUCUGGCGACGCCAGGAUCGACAAGUAUUUCAAAAUCCGAGAUUCUUGCAAAUCCCAACAGUCGGUCACCUUUGAGAAUCUCUGGACCAUCUUCCCGCCCGGAACCUUGGUGUAUGGCCGACCGUUUCAAGACCAAGACCAGCUGUUCGUGGUCCUGGACAGCGUCCGCCAGUGGCCGUACUUCAGUGACGAAGUGCCUCGUGAGCAGGCGUCGUGGACUCUCCUCGCUUGGACCUAUGACUGGGACGGCAAGAAAUUCCGGCGCAACUGCUUGCAGCUGGAGUUCGACUAUUUCGAGGGCAGCAAGCCCAUCACCUCCUUGCCUUAUUUUCCUUUCGACCUCCACGACCGCCGGCAUGCCAUCACCACCGCUUUGCUCAAGCGUGGAGAGAAGUAUCGCGCCUUGUGCACCGCCACUCAAGGCUCUCGAUUGUUCGAUUACAGAGGAAACGCUGUUCUCGAGAAACAGGGCUUCUCUGGCUUGCAAGGAGACGAUCAAGCAGCGGACGAGAGCCAGAUUAGGCGAGCUUUCUGGGAAGGAAUGAUGGAUGCGCUGAAAAGCAAGGUCAAGCAUAUAGAGCAGCGUGGUGCUCCACCAAAGUCUUCAGUGGUGGACAGUCGAGUCAUGGUCGACUUCGAAUCAUAUUUUGUCUUUGGUCCCGCCGUUGCACGCGUGGGCUCCCUGUGGCCGGACGACGAGCAAACCCAGUGCAAUUGCAAUGACUGCCGAGAGAACGUCCUCUUGAACGACGCGUACCGCACCAGGUUUGACGAAUUGGACCGGCAAGAGGGCACGUGGGAGGACGAGCAAUACCUGCUGUGUCCGCCUCGCGUACUUGGCUACGCCCUGCAGGACAAGCAAUGGGCACAGCUCGAGGUUGGCCUGCUCGAGAAUAUCCCGGAGAAGGACCCGGAAGACGCCUGGUCAACCCGGCUCAAGCUUGCUGAUGGCGGAAAGACCAAGAAGAUGAUCUUGGAGCUGGUUGAAGGCCACGGCAAAGCCGGCUCAUCCGAGAUUGACCGGCUGGAAGUGGACGACAUUAUUGCUAAGAAAGGCAAGGGCCUGGUCAAUCUUCUUUAUGGACCCCCGGGCGUGGGAAAGACGUCCACAGCCGAAACCGUAGCCCUCGCAGCACGAAAGCCUCUCUUUGCCAUCAGCGUCGCCGACGUGGGAACCCGGGCCAAGAACGUCGAGGCGAAUCUGAACAAGAUUUUCGACCUGGCCACCUCGUGGCAGGCCAUCCUCCUGAUUGACGAGGCCGACGUCUUCCUUGAAAGUCGAGGGCAAGGAGUUGCUUCCAACACGGAAAGAAACGCCUUGGUGUCCGUGUUUCUUCGAGUACUUGAAUAUUACCAAGGAAUCCUAAUGCUCACGACCAACCAAAUCGCCAAAUUCGACGUGGCGGUGCAAUCCCGCAUCCACGUGGCGUUCAAAUACAUCAGCCUGAACGAGGAGCAGACGAUGGCUAUCUUCGAGGGCUUCUUGGGCCCACUGGCCAAGAAGGGCCUGGUGAAGAACUGGGAGGACGUCAAAGAAUGGCUGGAGGAGGACGUGGUCAAGAUGGGCUUUGACGGCCGGCAGAUUCGGAACAUUGUCACCAGCGCGCUGGGACUGGCCAGGGCGCAGCGAAAGAGCAGGCUGGACAAGAGCGAUCUCAAACUGGUCAUGAACAAUGUCAAGGACUUCAAGGACGAAUUCAUCAAACAGUUUGAGAAAUAUAAGACCGAACAGGCCGGUGGGAGAGAUGCGCUGAUGUGA